AUGGAGAUGAAUCGAGACAAGCUGUGCCCCAGCAAGGCUGAGGUGGGCUCAGAGCCUGUGUACCACUGCUCAGCGUGUCAGGAUGAGGAGGAGUGGAGCGGCACGAGCCGGGGCCGGGCGAAAUCGCGGAGCCUGUCAGCCUCACCCGCCCUGGGGAGCACCAAAGAAUUCAGGAGAACGCGCUCCUUGCACGGACCAUGCCCAGUGACCACGUUUGGACCAAAGGCCUGUAUGCUGCAGAAUCCUAAAACGAUUAUGCACAUCCAGGACCCAGCCAGCCAACGGUUGACAUGGAACAAACCUCCCAAGAGUGUCCUUGUGAUUAAGAAGAUCCGUGAUGCCAGUCUGCUCCAGCCUUUCAAAGAGCUUUGUGUGUACCUCACUGAGGUGAACAAUAUGAUAGUGUAUGUAGAAAAAAAGGUGUUGGAAGACCCUGCAAUAGCUAAUGAUGAGAAUUUUGGACCAGUGAAGAAGAAAUUUUGCACCUUCAGAGAAGAUUAUGAUGAUAUCUCCAACCAAAUAGACUUUAUCAUAUGCCUGGGAGGAGAUGGGACCUUACUUUAUGCUUCUUCACUUUUCCAGGGUAGUGUUCCUCCAGUUAUGGCCUUUCAUCUGGGAUCCCUUGGAUUUCUUACUCCAUUUAAUUUUGAGAAUUUCCAGUCCCAAGUCACUCAGGUUAUAGAAGGCAAUGCAGCUCUGGUGCUCCGGAGCAGACUGAAAGUGAAAGUGGUGAAGGAGCACAGGGAGAAGAUGACAGUACAGAAUGGGAUAGAAGAAAAUGGAAUGGUGUCUGCAAACCUAGAGAAAGAAGUGGGCAAGCAGGUUAUGCAGUAUCAGGUCCUGAACGAAGUUGUAGUGGAUCGUGGUCCUUCCUCUUACCUGUCCAAUGUUGAUGUCUUUCUGGAUGGACACCUGAUAACAACAGUGCAGGGAGAUGGAGUGAUCGUGUCCACGCCGACCGGCAGCCCCGCGUACGCGGCCGCGGCAGGAGCCUCCAUGAUCCACCCCAACGUUCCUGCCAUCAUGAUCACCCCCAUCUGCCCUCACUCCUUGUCCUUCAGGCCUAUUGUUGUUCCUGCUGGAGUGGAACUCAAGAUCAUGCUCUCCCCAGAUGCCAGGAACACAGCAUGGGUGUCCUUUGAUGGAAGGAAGAGGCAGGAAAUAUGCCAUGGAGACAGUAUUAGCAUCACUACCUCUUGCUAUCCCCUUCCUUCCAUCUGUUUCCGAGACCCUGUGAGCGACUGGUUCGAAAGUUUGGCCGAAUGUUUGCACUGGAAUGUUCGGAAGAAGCAGAAUAACUUUGCUGUUGAAGAAGAAGAAUUUUGAGUGUCUACAUCUAACAAGACUCAUGGGAAUGGAGUGUGGCAGUAUCCCUUCUCUAGCCUUGGAUUUCGAAGGGUUUGGCUCACCAGUGUGGUCACCACCUUGGACAUGUGUCAUGGGUAGAGUUUGUACCUGUCAGACCU